AUGGAGGUCAGUAUCCCCCGUGGGACAACCACCACAACUGCGCCAGCGCAGACGGAUGAACCUGAAUUCCAACUCGUCCUAUCAAUAUUUCCCGAUGUCCCCUCUGAUCCACCUUCAUCGCGAUCCAAUGUCCCAAUUAGGAACAGUUUACAAGGCACGAAGAACGAUAAUGCAGCAAAGGGUGACUUGUAUGCAGCCGAGAAACACGGCAGUGCGAGCGAGCAGGAAGUCCCGUUCGAAUUGCAGGAACAUCCCCUCUUUCCACCGCUACCCGCAUACGGUCCCCCGACUAUCGCCUCCAACAUAAAAUACUAUGUGAUUCAAAUUGUAUCUUUCGCGCUAUCGCUAUGCUUUUUGACAGCGAUCUUUGUUGGGGCAUUGUCUCGUACCGCUGGGUCUGUACUUGUCAAUGCAACUGCAAGACUACGAGGCCGAAAGCCUGCAUCUGAGCGGGUAUUCAAAGCCGAGGAAGAAAAACGGAGGGUAUCACGGGCCGAGUCAGACCGCAAAUGGGAAAUUCGGCAACAAAAGAAACACGCGGAUGAGGAGCAAGGGUCAGAUGAAUGUCCCCCGCUGGAAGGGGGCAAGGAUGCGGUAGUUUGCGAUGUUGCAUACUAUGCACGACGGGUUGGAUUGGAUGUUGAAACUUUUCGGGUCCAAACCGAGGACGGAUUCAUCAUUACACUCUGGCAUGUCUUUAACCCCCAGCAAUAUGCAGCACUUCCGGCCGAGCAGCGACGUGAGCGCGGACCCGCGGUCUUUACUGGCACAAAGAGCCAGCCUGCGUCCAGUUCCAGUGCAAAGCGAAGAUACCCCGUUCUCUUAAUACACGGGUUGCUGCAGAGUGCAGGCGCUUACUGCACCAAUAACGACGAUAGUCUAGCGUUCUUUCUUUGCAAGUCUGGAUACGAUGUUUGGCUAGGAAACAACCGAUGUGGAAUGACACCGGAGCACACCACUUUGUCUCCAUCCGACCCACGUAUGUGGUCCUGGGAUAUUCGACACCUCGGCACACUUGACCUGGCGGCACUUACAUCCCGUGUGCUCUACGAGACCGGCUUCGAGAAACUGGGUCUGGUGUGCCAUUCCCAAGGAACCGCGGAAACAUUCGUGGCUCUGGCGAAGGAACACCGACCCGAGCUUGGCGAGCGUAUCUCCGUAUUCUGUGCCCUCGCACCCGCUGCAUAUGCCGGACCCCUCGUGGGCAGGUCCUAUUUCCGCUUCAUGAGCAUCAUGUCCUCCGAAAUGUUUCGCGUCUUCUUUGGGAUUCACGCUUUCAUACCCUUCAUGAUGACCGUCCAACGCACCUUUCAUCCCAAAUUAUACGGCACGCUCGCAUAUUGCGUAUUUUCGUUCCUCUUCGACUGGUCUGAUUGCCGCUGGGAACAAGACUUGCGAGACCGCAUGUUUCAAUUCGCUCCUGUCUACGUUAGUGCUGAAAUAAUGCGAUGGUGGCUGGGAAGCGACGGGUUCGCGAAGCACAAGUGCAUUCUUUCUACGGAGGAUCAGUCAGCCUCUGAGGCAAAGGCAGACAAUCGCGAUCCAGAGGAUGUCGAUCUGGUGCAUGGAGACGACCCUGGAGAUCCUUGCUUAGCUGCCCCUGCCGACAAAGCCUGGUUCGGCCCUCAAGUCCCUCCAUUCGCCCUCUGGGUUGGUGGCUCCGAUGCACUCGUGGAUGGUCGGCGGCUUUUACAACGCUUCGAAGGAGGUCUCGAGCCUCAUGUUCGAGUUGUGCACUCGAAGGUCAUCGAAGAAUAUGAGCAUCUCGAUUUCCUUUGGGCUAUGGAUGCCGUUGAGCAAGUUGGAAAGGAAGUUCGCCAAGUUAUAUGGAACACUAUGCCCGAUGAGGCACGAGAUCUCUGCCGCAUCCCUAGAGGGGUGAACGAGACCUUGAUCGAGACGGGGAGGAAUAACAUUACAUAG